AUGAACUUGCGAUGUUGCUGGUGGCAAAUAUUACUGGCAGUUUGGUAUUUUAAAGCUGAAAAUAAGAAUAAUCAGGUGGAAGCAAAAGACCACACAAGAACUUUGAAACACUGGGUUAGUAGUUAUGAAGAGAACGUUAUAGUUCAGGGCUCAGAUCAAAUUUUAAGUAAUCUUUCCAAGUCUGUGGAAAUUAAAAUUCACAAGGAACAUCCAAAAUUCAGAGUUAAGAGAUUGAAGAAAAAGAAAAAGAAAUUACGGAGGCGGAAAGGUGAAACGAAAAAUAAGCUAAUAGCGACGAACAGUAUAUUUCCAAAGCACAGAUCGAAAUCACAAAGAAAGAGGAAGAAAGGUUUUAAGAAAUUUGUGAAGACAGUCAGCGAUAGAAAUAAAGAUUCUAACAUGUCCGCCUCUAAAGAGUUUGAUGCGGAAGAUAAACCUGUUGAUAUAAUUGUACAUAUUAAAAUGAAUAAUAAU